AUGUCACACACAAAUCCAGAGCAAAAGAAUUACCGCGUUCUUACGAGGACGAAAGAUGGGACGCCGAGGGACACUCAGCCAGAGGACUGGUGGAUCAUCGGUACUACAAACUACGUUGUCGUAGAUCCGACGAAGCCUCGGAGUUCAACGGAGCUCAUGAAGCUGCCUUACAGCCCCAGACAGCAGCAACCAGCGCCACUAGCAGUCAAGGGAGUGGUGAGGGUGGUUUCGUUUAACUCUAGAUCAAAGGUCUCUAUGGUGCCCAGUCAGCGGAAGCUCAGUGGAGAAAGCGACAUGAGGAACACUGUUGGAGGGGUUCUCGGGGACACCUACUCCGAAGCUUCACAAAAGGCCUCCAGAGAAGGGAAACCGGUAGAUAUGAUCGAGAGAGCUGGAAGCAGCAGCACCUCUGGGGGGCAGCCUGUGGGUCACCUUGUCGCCUCACAUGGUAAACAGAACAGCGCGAAGCUGCUGAGACACCUUUCAAUAGGUUUUCCCCGAGUAUCUCAGCGUACAAGCGUCCAGUUGCUGAGGUAUACUCUGAGUGCAAAGCCCUACAGGAAGCUGCCUUCAUUCCGGGAUAUUGUCCGUCAGCUGCAAGCUGACACCCAGCACCAUCGCUUCAGUAAGGUAGGUUUUCUUACUCGUAGUAAUGAAAAUACCUUCGAGGUCCUUUGUUGAUACCCACAGGAUAAUUCGGAAGUGCAAGACGGCAGUGUCGGCAGCAUCAUUGAAGGUAACCCCAUCAAGGCCAGUUCAACAGAAUCAAUUUUUCGAAAGCUCGCAAAGGAGAGGCUCAAGAGGAGUAUCACGCGCCUUUCAACUAGAAUGCCGACGUCGCUAUGCGGUGGACCGAUCUUUGACCCUGAUACCGAGGUGCACUUGCCGGGCUCUCCGCUCGUCGAUAUUGGAAGGCUGGCGAUUAAUGCUUUCAGGCGACUUAAGCAAAGAGCUCAUCUGCUGCAUUCACAGACUUUCGCUUUGCAACGAGCUGCUGAAAUUUUACAGAGCACUACUGUAUUGGCAGAGCCGGAAGCGGUACAAGGACAUGCGGGUUGUCUAAGUAUUACAAGGCUCUUUGAUGUUGACGAUUCCCCAAGCAGUCAAAAUCUGAUAGGAAAGGAAAACCUUGAGAUUCAUGCCGCUAUGACGGAGGGCCAAAGGCAAAAGCUAGAGCAGGAGGCAGUAUCUGCUGGGCAGCAGCGCCAGCAACAAGUGGAGUCCUUCAAGCGCUUUCACGAACACAUACGGACUGCUUGUGUCAGUGUGCGUUGUGCUUGUGUCGGCAGCGCGUAUGAGUGCUGCGCCGUCGGAACUAAUAGGAUGGCAGCGCAUACCUUGUACAGCCUCAUGGCGCGCAACGGUUCAGGGGAAGUGAACGAAGAGUUCACAGUGCGCGACCUGCGCUGUGUGGUACUCCACAGCUCGAUGAUGGAACAAUUGACACUUAUUGAGGGCACCGCUAGAAAGAUCAUUGCUCUUGUCUUCGCACACAGUACCUCGAGUUCGCUGCCUACCGCAGAACAAUUCGGCCUCCCCACGGCACUGAAUGCACAGUUGGCGCCGCCGCCAGCCAAUUCCCCAAGCUUGACUCUGGAUUCUGACAUGCCAGCUGUAGUAGCUGCGGCUCAACAGGCAAUAUCGGCUCUUCACGAGGCGGCAGGUCGACGGGGUGAUGUACUUAUGUUGGAGCACGAAGCAAAACUCAACCGUUCAAAUCAAAUGGUGAGCUCUUCGAAGAUGUUGCUGCGAAGGCUAUCAUUUACUAUCGUGGAGCUGCGCCUUUAUUUGAUCAAGCUGCUAGCACUCCGUUUGGCACUAAGCGAAGCUGGGUGCGUAGAGACGGCGUGGGAAGGAAUCGAGAAUUUUGACAACCAAGCGGCUGACUUCUUGAGUCGUAUAGAAUCGGUGUCGUAG